CUUUUAACAGCUUCUUGCUGCCGCCCUUUAUUAAUAACGGAAGUAUUAGUAACGAGUGUGCUGCACGGAUGCCGUCCAGUGCAGGGUGAUGCUGCAGUGUCCGGGUGAGGGGCCAGGACUGUAGCAUACAGAAGCCCCCAGGGGAACCACAAGCUGCUGUGUUUCUAUCCCCUUUAACCAUGAGCCUUGGAGGCCUUUUCGGCAGGUUUAUUUGUUUGCUGUGAGGAAAGUCCCCUGUGCUGAUGGGAAAUUGUAUCCAGCGGAGCCUGAGAGAGGCAGCAGCUUUCCUUACAAGGAGUUUGGCUGGGACUCAGCUGGCGAAAGUUGCAGGGAGCCUGAGCUCUCUUCCUCCCUGCCUCAUUCAUUCACGCGCGGGGCUGAGGUCCGGAGCCAGCAGCCGUGGGGACGGCGCAGACGCUGAGUUCCCAAUGAUUCACUCGGCUCAUCGGUGCCUGGUGGCUGGCUUCUUCCUCUGGAUUCGGUGUGUGGGUGCAGCCCUGGCCUUGCCUUGAGGAGGCGUGUGCGUGCGUGUGAGUGUGAGCGUGUGUGUAGGGGGCAAACCAUGGAUCUGUGGAUAUAAACAACAAAGCCUGCCCAGCAAACUCAUCCUCUCUGUGUCCCUCAUGAAAAUCCAGCUCUGAUUUCAAGGGUGAUCAGUCUCCCUGUGAUGCUCCCAUGCUUUCUCCUCGCUCUCUUUGAAAGGCAAGAGAAUGUCCUCGAUGUUUGGCAAGCCACGGGCCGCCCCCAGCACCACUGACCGUCACCUCCCCAGCCUGCUGCCUGAGUGCAAUGUGGCGAUCUUAGGAUGCAGAGGAUCUGGCAAAUCAGCACUGACUGUGAAGUUUCUAACCAAGAGGUUUAUAAGUGAAUAUGAUCCCAAUUUGGAGGACACCUACACAUCAGAAGAAACUGUGGACCAGCAACCAGUGCUGAUGAAAGUGAUGGACACAGCUGACCAGGAUGUACCAGUGAAUUGCGAACGCUAUCUCAACUGGGCCAAUGCAUUCAUGGUUGUCUACAGCAUUGACAACAAAAGGAGCUUUGAAGGUUGCCGUCAGUACCUGGAUAUCAUUUCCCUCCAUGCGAAAGGCAUUCAGCACGAUUAUCCCAUCCUCCUGCUGGGAAAUAAGCUGGAUUUGGAGCAAUACAGACAGGUCACCAAAGCCGAAGGGGUGUCUCUAGCUGCCAAGCAUGGGUGCUCAUUUUACGAGGUCUCUGCCUGCCUGGAGUUUGAGGCUGUACAGCAUGUGUUCCAUGAAGCUGCGCGGGAAGUGAGGAGGGAGAUGGAGAGGAACCUGCCAGUCCGACCGCUGUUCAUCACAGAGGAGAGGCCCUUCCUACACCUUGCUGCCCCGACUGCCGUGGCCUCCAAGCAUGGCCUGGCCAGCUGCACGCUCAACACUCUCUCCACGGUCAACUACAAAGAGAUUCCCUCCGUGGCACAAGCCAAGCUGGUCACGGUGAAAUCGUCACGGGCUCAAAGCAAGAGGAAAGCUCCCACGUUGACCUUACUGAAGGGCUUUAAAAUAUUUUAAGCCUUGGCCCCUCCAAGGGAUGGGCAAGAAGCAGCCACUGGAUUUCAUGACAUCCCGAGGAACCUCCUCCAACUUCUGCAGUGGCAUAUUUGACAAUCUCCAUGGCAGCAGUGGCUUACAGACUAUCUUCCAUGAUUUACUGACAAUGCAUUUGGCCUUAGAUCUACAGCCAAGCACUUUGGUAGGAAUGCAGCGAACAGGCCUGGGAUUGAGUGCAGAAGAGUCUGAAACUUUGUCAUAACAUCCUUCUAAAUCACUGACUAUUUGUCCAGUCCCUAUAGCUCAGUAUUGACAUGAUAUUUGCACAUUAGUCCUAGCGUUUGCACUGGGUGUUGGUAGAGCUAUUUGUUAUAGCAGAAGCAGGACAGAGAGAGGGAGAGAUGAAGCCUAUGUUAUAUUCGGCACGUCAGCAGGAUGAGAAGCCGAAUGCCCUCGCCCUGUGCGUAGGGUAAAUAAACUUUACAUUGUUCUCCCAAGAGGCCAGAUCCUCUGCUUGUACGUGUGUAUCACCACUUCUUGAAACAUCAGCUCCCUUAAAUACACACUAGCUGAUUAGACAAGCAGUGCGGCCCAUGUAAUAAGUGGGUCCAGAGUAUCUAAAUGCAGUGAUCAUGUAGAGGGCACAAAUGUAUUGCCCAGUUUGAUACCCUGUAGUGGGAAUAUUUGGAUGGAAUAUACGACUUCAUCAGAGCCAGGAUGGUUUGUGGAGACAUACUGGUUUUCACAAAACUUUCGCCCGGAAGUUUUUAGAGAGAGAGAGAAAGCAGCUGAGUGGCUGAGGCAUUCAGCUGGCAUGUGGGAGAGUUUUUAGAGAGAGAGAGAAAGCAGCUGAGUGGCUAAGGCAUUCAGCUGGCAUGUGGGAGAGCAGGUUAGUUGUCAGUGCACUGUCCUGGGAUGAGGGAGGCCUGGGUUAAAGUCCUGCUUCUGGCUGAUUCAUAGCGGAGUUUUCAUCUGAGAUCACUUUGACUCUGGCAGACCAGGGACAUGAACCCAGGUCUCCCACAUCCCAGGAACCUUGCUCUCUCUUUGCAACUUUGAAAGUUACCACAACAUGGAAUGGCUGUACUCCGGACAAGCUGUAGUAUUUGGCUCAUGUUGUCAGUGCUGAAGAUCUGCAGUGUGAAGGCAUAAUGUCUGAUGAAUCUGGAUAGAAGGUGGUCAGAGAUACAUGUUGGAGAUAAGGUUGUUUGGGGUAUCUUGACUGAAUUUCCAUACUUUCCAACAUUAGGGUUUUGGGGUUUUUUAGGGUUUUUUAAAGGGUUUCUGUAACUGAAAAUUUCCUAGCUUUCCAGCGUUUUUUAAAAUGUCAGUGUUCUUCUAAGGUUCUGUCCCCUAAAAUUACUGAUAUGUAUUUACAGCCCUAACUGGAUUGGUCUGCAAAUCCAGAGUUUGUAUCCUGUGUGACUCCCAUUGAAAUCAGUGGAAACACUCCCUUCACUUCCAUGGGAGCAGGAACAGGUCCAUUGUUUAGAGAUCUACAAAUCCCAUUUCAGGUAACUUGCUACAGCGCGUGUGCAGAUGAAAGUCCUUAUUGCCAGUAUUGUGUUCAGCAAAAGCUAGCAAAAUGUUGACAGUGUGCUCCAAGGCCAAUAAAUAUCAUUUAAUGACCACAGAGCCCCCCCUAGUGGAAUGUUAGCACGCUGCAACUGGUAUGCCUUUCUCAUGAAAGGACAACCGCAACUAGAAUCCAGAAAUGUACACAGGGUGGAGUCUAGUCUAUACAGAAAAAGGAAAGCAGUACUUAUUACCCAUCCAGUGACACAGUGAUUUAAAUAAUUCAAACAAAGCUGAUGGCAUGCAUAUCAAAUCAAAUCAGCAGUGUUUGCAUUUUGCUGUUUAAGCAAUAAGCAAGGAGAGGUUUUCAAAUGAAAUGGAAAAAUAUAAAUAUAUUGCAAAUAUAUAAUGCAAAUAUAAUUGCAGCAGAAUAAACACUUCCAGGUAUCUAAAAACAAAAGCCUGCACACUGAAAUAACUUGUACCAAAAAUAUAUUGAGUAAGGUUUUUUUUUUACAAUGCAAUGUUCCUUUUCAAAGACUUAGCCAAUGGAAUACUCCUUUACUGGGUGGAUUUAAACAAAAUCGUUUGUGUAUAAGAUUGAUAUAUUUUCCAUUUGUCUUAAAUUAUUUGUGGGUGUCUCCAGUCCAUGCUCUCUGUGGAGAAUGCUCAGUAACACUCAACCAAGAGCAAAAUUCACAAUGAACAGGCCCUUUUCCUUAAGAAAGGUUAUGUACUUUAUUUUCCUUGUUGUCCAUGGUUUGGGGACAGUAACUGCUCUGCUUCUGUAUGGAAUUGCACUUCUCUGCAGAGUAAAGUCAUGUAUCUAUAAUUACACAAUUUCAAUCAACUACUUUGGAAAAUAUUUUAAUAAAGGCAACUUUUGACGAGGCGUCAGCCCAUCUGCUUAGCUUCA